UCGGAGGCGCCGCAUCGCCACGGCGCGCGGCUCGUCCGCCUGCUGCGGCGGCGCCGGAAGCGACGACGCUACGCGACGGGCGCCGGCGAGGAGGACGAGGAGGACCGGGCCCCGCUGAGCCGCGCCGCCGCGGUGCCGAUGCUCGACGGCGCCCGCUUCUGCGUCGGCUACGACGGCGCGCUCGAGCGGUCGUCCGGCGCGCGCGCCGGCCGCGACGUGUACCGCGUCGACGACGUCCUCGGCGGUGCCGGGGGGGGUCGCGCGACUCGGACGCCGGCCCUUCGCGACGCGGGCGGCGCGGCGCCGCGUGGUCGUCACCCGUGGUCUCGGCGCCUUUGUCGACGCGGCCCCGCCGCGCAGGCUUUGCGCUGCACGACGACGAGGACGACGUCUACGGGGGCGGCGACGAGCGAUUCGCGCUGACGGCGUUCGCCGGGGAGGACGACGGCGCAGGCGUCCGUCCCGGGCGGCUUCUCGCCGGAACGCCAGCGCUCGGCGCCGGCGGUCGCCUACGCGACGCGGCGACGCGGCGCCCGGGCACGCUCGCUGGAUUCUCGCGCGCGGCCGCGGUGCCGCCGCCGCCGCCGCCAGCCGCGCUAGCGAGGCCACCGCGGGCAUGGCGGGGCGUCCACGCCUUCCAAACUCCGCCGCUCGCGUCGCCCUGGCUCGCCGCACGCAGUGAACGGACCGGCGAAGUCGCCGCCGACGGCGUCGCUCGACGUCGCACGGCGCUCGAGGGCAAAGUUCCGGCGCCCGCCGCGCCCGCGCGGCCGGCGCUCGGCGCGGCGGGCGCCUUCGAGGGCUUGGCCAGGGCCAUGGGCUCGCGCUUCGCCACGGCGUCGGCGUCAGACGCGACGCGGCCG